AUGCUGCUGUCAUCGGUCCCAAGGCAUAUGCUCGUCCGAUGCCGAAGGGCACGCAGCCUCUCUCCGUGUCGGGUGUUAAAGACAAGUUCGGGGGAUGCUACAAGAAGCCAGACACUUCACGAUCUAGACCUGAAUCGUAACCCCAUUGUUUCCACCUCCCGUGUCUCAAGAAAGGGCAUUCUGAGUGAGGACGCAAUGCCCACAAAUGUCAGCUCGCAUAUGCAGUACCGCCAUUUGACCGCCAGAUGGAUAACGAAUCUACAGGGCAGAAGAAAUUCGUGGAAUGCUCUUGCCGCGGGAGGGCGCGCCAAUAACUAUUGGGACGAAGAGGGUAAAGGGGAGAAAAGUACUUACGGAGUUACUUCAGCUGGGGUCGUUUCAGCAGCGGCCCUUGCAUACUGUCUGAAGAAAGACUCUGAUUCAAAAGGAGACUUACUGCUGGACGCUUCUAGAAUGAAUAAUAUGCAAGAAGUUUCGAGGCUGCUGGAGGAAGGAGCCGACCCAAACUACCGCCACCGUCUGGGCUGGACGCCGCUGAUGGUGGCAGCCAUGAACCGGCAGCACAGUGUGGUUAAAGCCCUCCUGGGAGCCGGCGCUGACCCCAACCUGGGAGACAACUUCAGCAGUGUGUACGACACGUCCAGAGAGAUGGGCAUCCAUUCCCUGGAAGUGCUGGUGAUGAGGGAGGACGAGUUUAAUAACCGGCUGAGCAGCCGGGCCAGUUUCCGCGGCUGCACCGCGCUGCAUUACGCUGUCCUGGCCGACGACCUGCACAGCGCCCGCAUGCUGCUGGAGGCAGGUGCCAACCCCCUGCAGUCCAAUUCUAUGGGGCACAAGCCAGUGGCAUAUGCCAAGGAGGGAGAGCUCUACACUCUGCUGAAGGACUGGGAAGGCAAGUUCCAGGAGGCGCAGCAGCGGCGGGAGGCGGAGGAGAGGAGGCGCUUCCCGCUGGAGCGGCGGCUGCGGGAGCACAUCAUCGGCCAGGAGGGCGCCAUCAACAUCGUGGCCUCAGCCAUCCGGAGGAAGGAGAACGGCUGGUACGAUGAAGAACACCCCCUGGUCUUCCUCUUCCUGGGAUCCUCCGGAAUCGGAAAAACAGAACUGGCCAAGCAAGUGGCCCGAUACAUGUACAAGGAUGUUAAAAAGGGAUUCAUACGUGUGGACAUGUCAGAAUUUCAAGAAAAACAUGAGGUGGCAAAGUUCAUAGGCUCCCCACCAGGGUAUGUGGGUCAUGAGGAGGGGGGUCAGCUGACCAAGCAGCUGAAGCAGUGCCCCAAUGCAGUGGUGCUGUUUGAUGAGGUGGACAAGGCUCACCCUGAUGUGCUCACCAUAAUGCUGCAGCUCUUUGAUGAGGGGAGACUCACAGACGGGAAGGGCAAGACCAUCGAGUGCAAAGACGCCAUCUUCAUCAUGACGUCCAACGUGGCCAGCGAUGAAAUUGCCCAGCAUGCACUGCAGCUCCGCGAGGAGGCGCAGGAGCUGAGCCGGAGACGACUGGCGGAGAACCUGAACGAGGUGCAGAAAAGUGAUAAGAUCACCAUACCCAAGCAAUUCAAGGACGACGUAAUCCGGCCCAUUCUAAAGGCUCAGUUCAGGAGGGACGAGUUUCUCGGACGGAUCAACGAGAUUGUUUACUUCCUGCCUUUUUGUCACUCUGAGCUCAUCCAGCUGGUGAGCAAGGAGCUAAACUUCUGGGCCAAGAAGGCUAAGCUGAGGCACAACAUCACCCUUCUGUGGGACAGUCCUGUGCUGGACCUCCUUGCCAAAGGUUACAACCUGCACUACGGAGCGCGCUCCAUCAAACACGAGGUGGAGCGGCGUGUGGUAAAUCAGCUGGCUGCAGCUUACGAGCAGGAGCUGCUCCCUAAGGGGUGCACCCUGCGCCUCUCUGUGGACGGGGGGGCUGAAGUCGAGGGCCAGGAUGGCCAGGGGGGGCCCAGCCUGCGCUUGGACAUAGUGGGAGCGGACAGCUCGUCCCGAAAGCUGGACAUUCGGCCCCCGCUGAACCCGGAAGAGAUGGCGUACUUUCACUGAGCUCAUGGAGUGCACCGCGAGUGGGGCGUUCCCACAGGCCCAACAGCCUCUGAUGCACCUCAGCGUGUCCUGCCUUCUACAGGACAGUAACACACACAGUGUUAGUUGCCGUUUUUACAAAGGAAGGCAGGACCGAAGAGCCUCUCUCUCACACACACACACACACACACACGCACACACUACAUGCAUAAACACGUUCAUCAGUGGCUGGCAUGUCCCAUCUCAGUGUAGUGUCACCAGUGGAGACUGUCCAUCAUCUCUGAUGCCAUGUAACCAGUGUCUGGAGAAACAAAUUGAACAGAAUAAUAAUUGUUGUGCUUUGGUGUGUAGAGAAAGUAGAAAUGUGUGUAUAUAUAUUAUAUAGACAUACAGUAUCUAGAAGUGAAAAUUGAAUGCAGUAGUAUUAGUGUCAUUAGCCUCAGAGGAGCUAAAGCUAAUGUUGUAUGGAGUUACAGCAGAUUUUGUCUACACACCAGUAGUACUGACCAAUGAUGAAGAAGAUAUAUAUAUAGUUUAUGUAACGUAGUUCCUGGAGGAUAAAUACUUGAGUAAAAUAUUUGCUUACUUCUGUGUCUAAUAAAUGCUAUAAAAUUAUACAGCUAUAUUUGUGUUGUGCAUUGAGAUGUACAUACAAUAAAAGUGUAAACAAGAUAUAAUGUAAAAGUACAGAUAAUUAUACUUGUGCACUUAAAUGUGCUCUUUGCAUGUUAAGCAUGAAAAAAAAUCCAUGUUGUAGAAAUAUCCAUCCACAAAUAAAAUUGUCAAAUAAACCACCUGAGAUACUGAAGAUG